AUGAGAGCAGUGGACUGCACACAUGUUCUCAUUAUUUCUCCAACUGGCGAUGAGGAAGCAGUAUACGUGGACAGGAAACACAACCACUCCCUUAAUGUUCAGCUUAUCUGCAAUUACGACAUGCUUGUCAUGGAUGUCAACGCCAGAUAUCCUGGCAGUACACACGAUGCAGCUAUCUGGAGGCUGUGCAAUGUGAAGAGGACUUUGAUGAGGCGCUACAGAAAUGGAGACACCAAUUCAUGGAUACUGGGUGAUUCUGGAUAUCCACUUGAACCGUGGUUACGGACACCAAUUCUUCAUGCUCCAGAUGGAACGCCAGAAGCAAGAUACACGACGGGUCAUUGUAGUGCUCGAUGUGCAAUAGAGAGAUGUAACGGGUUGCUCAAAAGUAGAUUUCGAUGUUUAUCGAAAGCUAGGCAAUUGAAUUAUGCACCACACACUGCAGCACUAAUAGUCAAUGCAUGUGUGUUUCAGUAG